AUGCAUGCGGAAUUUAUAAGAAAUAAAUCAGAGAAUCAGUUGAGAAGACAAUUGAUUACCGAUAACAAAGUAAGAAGACAUGCGUUCAAUGAAUACCGUAUUUCUUCGACAUCUAAUCCAUCAACAGAUCCAACAAUCGAUGAGUUUUUAAUGUGCGAAGUAUUGGGCAAUAAUUAUAUAGAUUUUGAUCACGAUGAGUUUGACAAACAGAUUACACAAUUACAAAAUAAUGUCCUAGCUAAAUCAGAUUCAGUGAUUGGCCAUAAUGAUUAUAAAACACAUAAUAUAUCAAUUAUUCCAAUAUUUAAAUCGCUCACUGAUUAUAACGGGUUGAAUGAACUGGAAAUGUGUCGCAUAUCGGAGCUGAAGGCGGCGUUCAAUGUGUUUGACUAUCCAUUGCCUAAAUGUUUGGUUCAAAUCACGAGUUUAGAGGAAUUGCUGCGUAAGUCGGUCAACAAAAACGAGCUCUUUGUCAAAGACGUGACCAGAUUUCUGAAGCGUUUGCAUUCAUACAAAAGUCUGUGUCCUGAGGACCAGUUGGCGCUACUUAAACAUGGUUUCAAUGAAUUGACUUCAGAUUGCGAUGACAUGUCGGCUGUAGUAAAAGUAGAUAUUUUUAUGUAUGACGAUCAGGAGUUUAAGGAUAUGGUGAUUAAACAUGUUGAUAAAAUGAUGGUCAAUUGGGAGUUUGAUGACCCGACAAUCAUAUAUUUGUUGACAGCGAUUAUGGUUUUUGACCCAAACCGACCAGAACUCACUCAUAGAGUUAACAUUAGACUCGAACAACAACUCUUAGCAGUCAUAUUGAACUCAAAUAUAGCGCCAAACACUACGGCUCUUAUAUUCAAUACUACGGACCGCUUAUGA